UCUUUGCUAUUCGGCAAUAGAACAGUUGAUCCAGACUUGUGGAUGCUGUGUUGUUUACAAGUGCAUGGCUUAGCGUCAAAGAAGUAUGCUUGCGGUUUGUUUGUAAGACUAAUGCGAUUAUGGAUCACGAUGUAAUAAACGCAUUUGUUGAAAAUCUCUGCAAUCAUUUUAACUUAACUAAUGAAUCAGUAAAAUGUAACGUACGUAAGCACAGUGAGAAUUUACUUCGUGAUGGUGACAUGAGUUUUCCCCUUUAUUAUAUUAUGAAGAACAUUAAAGAAAAUAAGCCAGACUGUGAACUGCCAACAGCCACAAUUUUGGAGAGCUCUGGUACUUUAGAGUCCAUAAGCGAGUCGGAUAGCAAGAAAUGGAACCUGGAAGAGCAGCUUACAUCUCUCAAAGAAGCUAGUGCAACUUGGAAGUUAAGAAUAGAAAAAUGUGAGAUUCAGAGGAACCGCGUCGUCAUUUAUUUCCAGAAGGACUAUACAUUUAGAACAACCCUCAGAAACGUACUUCAGGUGCAGCAUUUGUAUGGCAGCUGUCAGAAGAGAAAGCAGGGGAUUGUCAUUGAGGCCUCUGUUUCAGAAGGAGAUGAUAUGGACUUGAGCCAACUGAGGGUUAAGUACCUGAAAGAUUUUGCUGUCAGGGCAGCAAAACAAUCAGGUUAUAACACAUUUGACAGUAGUGAGGCAUGUGAUUGUAUUGGCUUCAUACUGACUACAAAAUCCAGUAAAGAUCUACCAGACAGAAUGAAAGCAGUUAUUUGUGGAGCUGUUGUUAAUGCCAAAAGUAGAACAAAAGAAACUGACAUGUUGGCAAAAGAAUACUUAAGAUUGCGAGAAAGUGACAUGAGAACUGCAGCACUGCAUAAAUAUGGCACUGCUGUGGAAGGUGAUGUUAAGUGGAACAGUUUGAUUUCUUCUCUAGGUGAAGCAGCUGUCAAGAUGGAGUUGCUUAAAGUAAAACCAUCGCAAACUGUUUCACUGUCUCUGGAAUCUGACUACAAAGUUUCAAGGGAACGUAGCAGUAAAGGCGCUACAUUUGUAUUGUACAAUUAUGCCAGAAUAACAUCAAUUCUUAAACAGUUCCAUGAGAAGGAAGAAAAGAAAUUGUAUCCUACCUUGCUAACUUUGGAUGAGAUUGACUUCGCGUUACUGAAGUGUGAUGAGGAGUGGCAGCUCUUGCAUUUCAUUAUAGUUUAUCCAUCAAUUGUGAAUUCCUUGGGGAAUGAUCUUGAGAAAGGCAUUCUGAAGCCCCAUGUAAUUUGUGUAUUUCUCAGUGCAAUGUGCAAGACCUUCAGUGUUUACUACCGCAGAAUUCGAAUUCUGAGAGUACCAGGAGAAUAUUUCAGAAUUCAGUAUUCCUCACAAGACUGCAACUGAUGCACCAGUUUGUGAUGUAGGAUCAUGUUCCUGCAAAAUAGUUACCAGCUGUCUUAUUCACAGUAUUAUGUGAAGCUAGUUUUCUUAUUGCAUGGUUCUGUUUUAUAGUACUUGAAGAAAAGUGUUACAUUGCUGUAAUGUAAUGAUCAAAGAUAUAUUUUUAUUAAACUUACAUUAAUUGACA